AUGUCGUGGAAUCCGUUCAUGAAAGUACACUCCUACAGCCCCCUCCCACUCUCGAUUCCAGCCGAACCCUCGGAAAAAUGGCGAUUCUCACGAAAUGGCACGGUUACCUCCCGAUUGAAAAGGGUCAUGUGUAAAUUCGUGAUCAUUCUCACGUCAGUUACCGCCAUAAUCGCAGGAUUCUCGCUGGUUGCUAUCCGCCAUCCUACGAGUAGGGUGAUCACGCAGGCCAAGGCUGUAGCGGAGAAGCCGAGGUGGGAGGGGUUUGCGCUAUUGGAAGGGUAUUAUUCUGGGAUGGCGAGGUUGGUGAAGGAUAAUAGGCCGGAGUAUCCCCCUUUGGGGGAUACUGGGGUUAUUGAGGAUCUAGAGGUUUCGAGCGAGGGGAAAAGCGUAGUCUUCAAUCCUUACCCCGAUUUUGGGUCAAAGGAGUAUAGGGGUACUUGGCGUGGGACGUAUAAGGAGUGUUCUUACGGGGUGGAUUUGUCGGGGAAAAAGAGGGGUAGGCCGGAAGUUAGAACUUUUGAAGGCAUUCCCGAAGGUACGGGUUUUGGUCAUUUUCGGGUGGAGAUGCGGGCUAAUGAGAGUGUCUUAGGUAUGCCGACAGCUGUGUUUGGAAGUCAUUCCUUAUUGGGAUUGAAGGAUGAUUUAUGCUUUGAUCGAUAUGGACGAUACGGAUCUUAUGGCUAUGGAUACAGCAAGGAUAAUGGUGGUCUCGGUGUAGCAGAGUGGGAUGGGAACAUCACAGAUGGAGGCGAGACUGGGUGGGGGCAGGGGAGUAUGCCUGUGAAAGAGAUCGAUUGGCGAGGGAUCGACUGGGGGAAGCUACAAAGGGAGUGCGUUGAGAAGAACGAAGACCGCUUCAGCGCAUCGGACCCAGAGGAUCUAGAUCCGGAAGGGGUUUUAGCUGAGAGCGUGCACUCAUCGAACAAACGGUCCGAGAAAUCAGAUGGGAAGAAGCCUCGCCCCCGAGCUGCUGUUCUGCUGAGAACGUGGACCGGUUACGAGUACAAGCCCAGCGAUAUGGCAUCUAUCCGAUCGCUCAUCUCGGAGUUGAGCAUCAAUUCUGGCGGCGAAUUUAACGUUUAUCUCCUCGUCCAUGUCAAGGACAACGAGCUUCCAAUCUGGGCCUCCAAAAAGCUCUACGAAAAGACUCUACGGGAAAAUGUCCCUGAGGAAUUCUGGGGGAUUGCGGAGCUCUGGAGCGAACGCAUGAUGGGAGCGAUCUAUAACAACUUGGAGGAUAACACUUUCCAUGGCGCGCGACUUCAAGGGGUUUACAGAUCCAGUUUCUUUCCGGUUCAGGACUUUGCAUAUCGCCACCCCGAGUUCGACUUUGUAUGGAAUUGGGAGAUGGAUGUGAGAUAUAUUGGGCAUUUCUAUGAGCUGUUCUCUCGGAUGGAUGCUUGGGCUGCCAAGCAACCACGGAAGCACCUCUGGGAACGUAAUGAGCGGUACUACGUUCCUUCUGUCCACGGAAGUUGGGAGGACUUCUCUUCGGCGGUAGCGGCUAAAUCGCCGAAACCGAUAUGGGGACCUGUUCCGGUGGAGAGUGUCAAAAUAUUUUCAACGGACCCGAAGCCCCCCUUUCUGACCCCAGAGAAAGACACGGAGUCUAUGUGGGGAGUAGACGAGCCAGCUGAUCUCAUAUCAUUAAACCCGAUUUUCGACCCGGAGGGUGCGACCUGGUUUCUCUCUGGCGAUAGCACCGGCUAUGGACCCCCUGUCGAAGACACGCCCCCUAAAGGUCCACCACGCCGUACCGCCAUCGUAGCCGUCGGUAGGCUUUCCCGAAAACUUCUGAUGAGAAUGCAUGCCGAAAAUGCCCUAUAUGGCCAUGCCAUGUUCUCGGAAAUGUGGCCACCAUCGGUUGCGCUGCAGCAUGGGCUUAAAGCUGUUUUCGCACCGCACCCUUUGUUCGUUGACAGAGCAUGGCCGCUGAGGUACCUUGAAAGGACGUUUAAUGGUGGUGUAAAGGGGAGCGCUGGUGGGAGAGGAAGUGUCUUUGGGAAGGGAGAGCACAAUUUUCAGGGAACAAGUUGGUACUAUAACGCACGGUUCGCCCCAAAAUUGUGGAAACGGUGGGUUGGUAUGGAGGUAGAUGGCGCGGGGGGUGAAACGUUCGAAAGCGUACAGGGCAGAAUGUGCCUAAGGAGUAUGCUGUUACAUCCGAUCAAGGGUAUGGAGGUUUGA